AUGGCCCAACAAGGGUCCGGCUCCACGACCGCCUACCGCCCUCUCGCCCCGAAGCCGACACUCGUGCCCUCGAAACGGGGGGCUUCCGAUCCUCCAGAGCCCCCAGGGCCUUCGCAACCGGGCAAUGCCAAGAAGGCAGUCAAAAGGUCCCCAUCGUCCUGCGUGAAGUGUCGAGAGAAACGCACCAGGUGUACCGCCUAUGAAUCCGGGGUCCCAUGCACCAUGUGCCGGAUCCACCAGGUGGAAUGCGUCCUGCUCCCGCACAGCGACCGGCGCCGGAAGACCACCAUGGAGUACAUGCGGCAGCAGGCCAGCUACUACCGGGAGUACCUCGAGCAGUUCAUCCGGCUGGCGCGCGCCGACGACCCGGCGCUCAUCUUGGCCGCCGUCGAGAUCAUCCAGGCCCAUCACCCCGAGGAUGUGACUCGCUCCCUCCUGGAUUCCGUGCUCCCGGACGACCGGACGCCCAUCCUGCCCGAGGAUGAGGAAUUGAUCAAGCCGAUCCGUGAGAGGGAGGCGCAGGCUGCCGCCGCGGCCGCGGCCGGCGGCAGCGGCGGCAGCAAAAAUGAAGACGGCGCGGAACCUGGCCUGUAUUCAGCGCUUGAAUAG